AAAGACGCACAUUGGACACCGUACCCCUCAGCCACGUAAUUCCUCUAAACGGGCCGCACGGAGGUGCAUGGCCCCAUCCCCUUGUAUCAUGAUGAAUCCUGUGCAGGGGUCGCCGUCCCAAGACGCCAAACAGCUUCAUCAAAAAGAGGAGACGGAUACGGAGGGCGAGGAACUGCAACCCAAAGACAUGACAACCGAGAAAGGAUACAAACUCCAGCGGAACAGCCUCCCGUUUAGCGUCGAGUCAUUGAUUUCCAAGAAGACCACCUGUCGGACUUCUUACUCGUCCUCAGAUUUAGCUCUGGUCCUUCCGAAGCCCGUGGCUGGGCAAGGCGAACAUCUCUCUCCAAGGACUUUUUACGCGGAGAGGAAGAUAUCGGCUGAGAGCUCGCAGGGUGUUUCCAGUAGCUCCAGCGAAGACAGUCCACAGUUUUGUGAGAAAGAUCAGAGCACUUGGUUCCAGACGUCCUCUUUUUCUACACCUCCCCGAAGCUCAAGUCCAACUCAGUGUACUUUAAGGAAGCAUAAAAACAACAGGAAACCUCGCACGCCCUUUACUACCUCCCAGCUCCUGGCGCUGGAGCGCAAGUUUCGCCAGAAGCAGUACCUCUCCAUCGCAGAGCGAGCCGAGUUCUCCAACUCUCUCAACCUGACGGAGACUCAGGUCAAAAUCUGGUUUCAGAACAGGAGGGCCAAAGCCAAGAGACUUCAGGAGGCCGAGCUGGAAAAGUUUAAGUUAGCCUCCAAGCCCGUCCUGCCUGCAUUCGCGCUGCCUUUCCCCCUCGGAGCGCACAUGAGCUCUCCAUCCUGGGGCCCUUCAAACGCCUUCCCGAGACCCAGUCUGCCUGUGCCAGGACUGUUCAGUGGACCCGUCACUUAUGGGAUGUACUAUUUGUCUUAAUAAUGUUCCUGUGUGUGCGCGCGCGCGUUUGUCCGCUCUUGGCCACAGCACACUUAAAAAUGAGCCCACAUCUCGGAUAAACAUUGUUUUACUAUUCGCAAUUUGGAGUUUAGACUAUUUCCCCCCCAACUCCAAAACCGAAGACAAAUACGACAUGUGGCGAAUAUCGGUGUAUAAACGUGUGCGUAAUCGUUCCGAGUGCGGUCACUUGCUCUCAUUUUGUGUCCACUUCUGAGACUCGUGGAUUCUCGGCCUUAAUUUUCUUAAGCAAAACUCCAUAAGCAGAUGUCAUCUACUCACACAGUAGAUGACAUGCCUUAAAUAUUUCAUCCCAGCCUGUCCUCCGUGCUCUCCAGUAGCAACUGGGCAAUUAAAUGUGUCCGGAUCUAAAGGCAAUAAUCCUCUAAAGCUGGGGGACAUUAUUAAAAGCAACAGAAAAGUACUUAAUUGGUGUCAGUGCCUUAAGACCCCGAAGUGUACUCUCUUUAUCAUCACUUGAAUUCCUCAUUCAAGAUAUGAAUAUUUUUUCUGUUAUCGGGUAGCGUUGUCCAUUUUUGCUGUGUUAAUAUCUGUAUUUCUUGUCACGAUUUCUAUCAUUCUUUUUAAAGAACGGAGACAGAAUUAUAUUUUAGGAAAAAAAUACAUGUAUUAGUUUUUUUAACCUUCACAACGUGGCCUUUAUGGGAGUGAUAUUAGAUUUACUUUGAUGAAUUUUGCUGUAAAUGUAAAUAAAAUUUGUAGUGUUCUUAAAAGUCCUGCAGUCUCGCUUAAAGGGCAGGAGAAGUGGUAUUUAUUGAAUAUCUUUGUAUCUGUACUGUGUACAUACAUGAGUCUAUC